CAGAGGUUACCAGCCCGAUAACACUUCCGGUAAGCCGUUUACCGCUGCGCGUAAUUCAGCAGACGGUGUAGAGUGGAUGCUGAUGGGGGACGAAAAAGACACUUGGAAAGUUAAAACUCUUGACGAAAUCUUACUUGAGAAAAAGCGCAGAAGAGAACUAGAAGAGAGAACAGAUCCCAAACGCCAGAAAAACUUUCCACAGAGCCUUGUUCCACAGGCGGAUGAUCCGGAAUCCAAACGAGACACUCUGGAGGAAGGAGAACUACAGGAUCAAAGAAUGGAAAUAACAAUUCGUAAUUCCCCAUACACAAGGGAAGAUUCAACAGAGGACCGGGGAGAAGAAGACGAAUCACUAGCAAUCAAACCUCCACAGCAAAUAGCUAGGAAAGACAAAUCUCACCACAGAAAAGAGGAGAAGAGAAAAGAUAAAAGGCGUCAUCGGAGUCACUCUACAGAGGGAGGAAAACUUACACGACCCAAAGAAAAAGAAAAAGAGCGAGAGAGUGAUCGCAGGAAGCGUCAAUGGGAAGAAGACAAAGCCAGACGUGACUGGGAGAGACAGAAACGAAGGGAACAGGCCAGAGCUCAUUCACGCAGAGAGAGAACUCGAGGAAAUUCUCCUGGGGUUUUUUGUUUUUUGGACAACAGGGACCGGCUGGAACAGCUGGAGCGUCAACGUGAGCGCGACAGAAAAAUGCGCGAACAGCAGAAAGAGCAACGUGAGUUCAAGGAUCGAGAAAGGAGAGCUGAGGAACGACGCAAAGAGCGAGGGUCUAGGAGAGAAGUGCUGUCCCACCACCGGAUGCUACCUGAUGAGUAUGAAGAGAAGCCAAAACAAAGUCAUCGCAGCCGCAGUCCCACACAUGUUCCCCGAGACAGAUCCGAUCACACUGAUCCACGGAGAAGUGCAACAUCGAAAGAAGAGAAAUCUGACAUAAAAGACCUGCUUGCAGAUCUACAAGAUAUCAGUGACAGUGAAAGGAAGACCAGCACAGCAGAAUCCUCCUUAGCGUCAGGCUCCGAAGAAGGGGAGGGGGAUGAUGCUGAAGAGGAGUCUAGCAGCCAGAGUGAGGGUGAAGAAGAAGAAGAGGAGGAGGCGGAGGAGGAGGAGGAGGAGGGAGAGUCUGUGUCGGGAUCUGAGCAGAGUACAGAAGACGUGAGCGAAGAUGAACGGUCAGACGAAUAUGAAGAAGAGAGGGAAAAUGGCAAUCACAUACCUGCAGUCCCAGAGUCUCGUUUUGACAAUGACUCAGAGGAGAGUGGUGAGGACAUGGAGGAAGAGGAGGAGGAGGAAGAGGAGGAGGAAGAGGAAGCAGGUGAGGAAGACCCCACGCCUCACUCUCAGACUCACUCACGCACCCCCACUCCCGAAGGGAACUACGUCCCAGACUCUCCACCAAUUUCACCUGUGGAGUUGAAGAAGGAGCUGCCUAAAUAUAUGCCUGCUCUACAGGGUUGUCGCAGUGUUGAAGAGUUUCAAUGUCUAAACCGAAUAGAGGAGGGAACUUACGGUGUGGUGUAUAGAGCCAAGGACAAAAAGACUGAUGAGAUUGUGGCCUUGAAAAGACUGAAGAUGGAGAAGGAGAAAGAGGGCUUUCCAAUCACCUCCUUAAGAGAAAUCAAUACAAUUCUAAAAGCCCAGCACCCAAACAUCGUCACUGUGAGGGAAAUUGUUGUUGGUAGCAACAUGGACAAGAUUUACAUCGUGAUGAAUUAUGUAGAACAUGACCUUAAGAGUCUGAUGGAAACCAUGAAGCAGCCGUUCCUGCCAGGUGAGGUAAAGACUUUGAUGAUUCAGUUGCUUCGAGGUGUUCGACAUCUCCACGACAACUGGAUUCUACAUCGAGAUUUAAAGACAUCCAAUCUGCUGCUGAGCCACAAGGGAAUCCUUAAGAUUGGAGAUUUUGGUUUGGCCCGGGAAUACGGUUCUCCCCUGAAACCGUACACUCCUGUAGUGGUGACCCUGUGGUACCGUUCACCAGACUUGCUUCUUGGAGCCAAGGAGUACUCCACAGCUGUGGACAUGUGGUCAGUGGGCUGUAUAUUUGGCGAGCUGUUAACCCAGAAGCCUCUCUUCCCUGGAAAAUCUGAAAUAGACCAAAUUAACAAGAUUUUCAAGGAUCUGGGUUCACCCAGCGAGAAGAUCUGGCCCGGUUACAGCGAACUGCCCGCAGUGAAGAAGAUGACUUUCACAGAGUAUCCCUACAACAACCUGCGAAAGCGUUUUGGUGCGCUGCUUUCAGACCAAGGCUUUGACCUUAUGAACAAGUUCCUGACUUACUGCCCCAGUAAGAGGAUUAUAGCGGACGAGGCGCUCAAGCAUGAGUACUUCAGAGAGACACCUCUACCCAUUGACCCGUCCAUGUUCCCCACCUGGCCAGCCAAGAGCGAGCAACAGAGGGUGAAAAGAGGCACCAGCCCUCGUCCACCCGAGGGAGGCCUGGGCUACAGUCAGCUGGGUGGUGAUGAUGAUCUCAAGGACACAGGCUUUCAUCUGACGACCAGCAAUCUGGGAGCGUCUGCAGUCGGUCCAGGAUUUAGCCUCAAGUUCUGAUCCUGAACCUGCAGAAUGCUAAUGAGCAGCAAGUUCUUGGACUUUGUUUUUUUCCUUCGAUCGAUAUCUGAUCAGUUAUAACAGCUACCAGCUAAUCAGGACUGUCUGCAACACUGGUGGCUUGAACAUUAACUGUUGGGAUUUUCUGUUUCACACAUUCAGAUGUGGCUAUUUUAGCUCUUUAAAGAAGCAACACUACUACAGAUCUGUUAGUGUGGCUCACAUGUUUGACUUUUA